AUGCGUGCGGGGGCGGGGCCGGGGGCGGGCCUGGGGGACGCCCGGGGCGGGCUGGGGGACGCCGGGGCGGGCUGGGGGCGCCGGGGGGGCCUGGGGGCGGGGCGGGCCUGGGGACGCCGGGGGGGGGGGGCGCCGGGGCGGGCCUGGGGGACGCCGGGGCGGGCCUGGGGGACGCCGGGGCGGGCUGGGGGACGCCGGGGCGGGCCUGGGGACGCCCGGGGCUCGGGGGUCUCUUCCCCCGCCCAGCGCCCAGCGCAGCCGGCUCCGGGGCAGCCACCUCGAGGGGCGACGGGGCGGGCCGGUGCCGCCGCCGCAGCAGCCCGGCCGGCCGUCGCCGGGGCGCGCGUGGAGAGGCGCGGCUGUGUGCUUCAAGGAGGAUCGUGUCAAGAGUUUCUAUUGAAAGAAGCAUAUCCGGGAGAAAAGCAGGCUCAAACCUUUCCUUUCUGUUUUAGGAGUUGGAUUCAGAGAGAAGUUGAGAGCCGGCCGGAGGCAGUAGAGAUUUCAGAGAAGUUUUUAAUGGAUGAACAGCUAGGAAGAGAAAUCAGACGGAUGGCGGUGAGUACCCCCUGGCAGCAGUUACUUCAUUUCGUUCGUUCAGAGUGAACUCUAACUUGGAAGCCUCCUUUAGGUAAGAAAGUCGGUCGUUUGGAAAAGAAAUGAUCACCUUUGAAAAAGGGUUAUAUAUGUUUAGGCUGGAGUUUUUAUAUCAAGGGUUUCACGCUAAUAAAGAUCAGUGUGGCUUGCAUUUGAAAAUAUAUUUUACUGAUGCCCAUGGCUGUCAAGUUAUUUUAUAUAAAAUUUUUGAUUUAUGGAUGGGUUUUAUACUCUGAACAUGAAUGUACAUGACAUAAAAGAAAAUUAAGAUCUUAGUUUUAAAAGAAUUAUUGGUACCUAAUAUUCUUAUGGUGAUUCUGUCAGUUAAUUGGCAAUGUAAUGAUUUUAAUAAAUAGUUUUAAUAUCCAACCCACAUUACAUGCAGUCACAUUUAAUAUAUAGCACAAUCCCUUUAUUUAGAACUGUGAGGCAGUUUUCCAACAGCUUUUUAAAUGAGGGAUUGUACUAGGGAUAACUUUGGUUUUUUGUAGUACCUCAGUGAAAUUUUAAUUAUCCAUUCUGUGAACUACCAAAUAAUUAAUUACGAGCAAAAUAUUAAUAUAUGUACUCUAGGAGUCCCGUCGUGGCUCAGUGCUUAACGUAUCCGACUAGGAACCUUUAGGUUGCAGGUUCGAUCCCUGGCCUUGCUCAGUGGGUUAAGGAUCCAGCG